AUGGCCGCCUCCGUGGCCGCCCAGGCCUCCUCCUCGGAGGCACGCGGCCAGCCGCUGUUCGACACCAUCGCCGAAGACGGACCGCUUACCGACGCGGCUGCGGCGUCUGUGCUCCAGUCGCUCCUCGACUACGUCGAGCGACAGGAGGCUUAUGUCCCGCUCCUUCCUUCGCAUGUCUACGUAAGUGAGCGAGGCGCAAUCAGCGUGAGCGAGACCGCAUCGCCUCCUGGCGUCCCUCCCGCGUGCGAGCUGAGCGGUGACGUCAUAUUCGUGCCGCCCGAGGCGCCUCUGCGGGAGGUGCAGUCGGCAUACACCUGGAACCUCGGCGUCUUCCUCUACGUGCUGCUGACGGGCUACCCGCCGUUCGCUUCGAAAUCGGUCGCCUGUCCCUUCUGGGAGAGCUUCGUCGCCUCCUCCCGCCUCAGCUGCCCGGCGCACUUCACCUCCCCCGUCAUCUCGCUGCUGUGCGGCAUGAUAGCGCUGCCUCCCGAGGCUCGAAUGACGGUGCACGAGGCCCGCGCCGAGGUGAUGACGUGGCAGCUGCAGCUGCUUCGGCCCGUCAACCUGUCCGGCAACGGCAACGGCAACGGCAACGGCAAGCACAGGAAGACCCUCAAGCGCGCCAAAGACGCGGGCGCCGCGGCGCUGACCCUCUGCUCGGGCCUCGGCGUGGCGGCGGGCCGGCAGUGCGGCUCGCAGCGGCCGCUGGCGGUGCUCUACUCGCCCGAUUCGGAGCUGCCGCGCAAGGGGGGGCUCGAGGGGUCCGUGGAGCGGGUGGGCAAGGUGCUCUCCGCGCUCGGCGUCCCCUUCGAGGUCCCGGGCGUCGCCACCAACCCGCUCUCCAUCAAGACACUCCCCUGCAACUUCGCCGCGAUGGGCAGCGCUCAGAUGCAGGCCGUCAUCUUCAUCUCGGAGGCGGACGCGGCGGAGCAGGCGGAGGGGCGCUGCGGCCACCGCAUCGACGUCUCGCGCCACUCGGGCGACACGUUCCAGUUCCACGCCUUUUACCGCAAGCUCCGAGCCGGCCUCGGAGCCGACAUCGGCUGGAACGGCGUGGACUACUGCGGUCGGUAA